GUGGCAGCCGCUGGAGCCGCGUACGAGAAGCGAGGCCGGCCGCCGGCACUUCCUGUGGAGGCCGCAGCGGGCGCGGGCGCGGGCGCCGACGGGCCGAGCGCCGAGGGAGCGAGCGAGCGAGCUAGCCGAGCCUCCCGCCGCCGCCGCCAUGGGCCAGAACGACCUGAUGGGCACGGCCGAGGACUUCGCAGACCAGUUCCUGCGAGUCACCAAGCAGUACCUGCCGCACGUGGCGCGCCUCUGCCUGAUCAGCACCUUCCUGGAGGACGGCAUCCGCAUGUGGUUCCAGUGGAGCGAGCAGCGGGACUACAUCGACACCACCUGGAGCUGCGGCUACCUGCUGGCGUCCUCCUUCGUGUUCCUCAACCUGCUCGGACAGCUGACCGGCUGCAUCCUGGUGCUGAGCAGGAACCUCGUGCAGUACGCCUGCUUCGGGCUCUUUGGCAUCAUUGCGCUGCAGACGAUUGCCUACAGCAUUUUAUGGGACUUGAAGUUUCUGAUGAGGAACCUGGCCCUGGGAGGAGGCUUGUUGCUUCUCCUGGCGGAGUCCCGUUCCGAAGGGAAGAGCAUGUUCGCGGGCGUGCCCACCGUGCGUGAGAGCUCCCCCAAACAGUACAUGCAGCUUGGAGGCCGCGUCCUGCUGGUCCUGAUGUUCAUGACCCUCCUUCACUUUGAUGCCAGCUUCUUCUCGAUCCUCCAGAACAUCGUGGGCACGGCUCUGAUGAUUCUGGUGGCCGUCGGCUUUAAAACCAAGCUGGCCGCCUUGACUCUCGUCGUGUGGCUCUUUGCCAUCAACGUGUAUUUCAACGCCUUCUGGACCAUUCCCGUCUACAAGCCCAUGCACGACUUCCUCAAGUACGACUUUUUCCAGACCAUGUCGGUGAUCGGAGGCUUGCUCCUGGUGGUGGCCCUGGGCCCCGGGGGCGUGUCCAUGGACGAGAAGAAGAAAGAGUGGUAACAGACCCCUCCCCGCCUGGCUGGGACCCGUGGCCGUCGAGGACUGGUUCAGGGUGGAUUCGACAUAACUGCCAGCAUUUCUGUAUCCUCUCCCCUCCCCUCCCUUGGUAAAGGCACAGAUGUUUUGAGAACUUUACUUGCGGACACCUGAUAAUUGAUGGCUAAAUCUGCUCUGGACCCUCAACCUGGUAUCUGACCAUGCAGAGCUGGCCGGCCCGUGGUCAGUGCCUCCCUCCCCAAGGCAGGCCGCGGCUUCUUGGAGUGAGCAGCUUGCUUGGCUGUGGCCUCUCAGUCCUGUUUUUUGGUUUCUUUUUUGGGGUGGGGGACCUUCAAGCUGUACUGUGAGCAGAUACAUUUGUGUAUCAUUCAAAGCAGUCUCCCUCUUAUUUUUUUUAAAGUUUACGUUUUUAGCUAAAACUACUCGAUGAUUUGGGGUGGCCCAGCCCAACAUCAACACACUGGUUCAAACUCGCACCAGUGCCUUCUCCGUUGUUUCUGCCCUGCGUUGUGAUACUUCAUAGGGACAGCGGGAGCAUAUAGAGAAACCCCAGACCCAAAGCAUAAGGCAGCGUUAGAGGCAGCCAAGGCUGCCGUCUACAGUGAAAGGCGUUCAUCAGGGGCUCGACUCGGAUUGGUGCAGUUUUUAGGGGGCGACGCCCUGGGAGUGGUAGUGACUCAAGGUGCGGACGGUGGCCCACAGGGAGGCUGCCCGGAGCCCGCAGGGACCCGCCCCCUUGCGUGCCCAGCUCGGUGGGGGGCAGCUGCCACUGCAGGGCCCGGCCGGAGCAGGGCACUCAGACCAGUUACCUCACGCCGAGCUGCCCCAGGGCCACAGCCAGAGCCGGGCCGGCACUGCCCGCUCAUCUCCCCCGCGGGGCUCCCCAGGCCUUGCGGCCACCCCCCUCCCCCAUUUUCACGAGGCUGCGGCUUGCUCAGAUUGUCUAUUUGCUAUGCUGAAUGCAGCCCAAAUUACUUUUUACGAUUUGUGAUGCCUUACCGAUUGGAUCUCGAGCCUGUAUUUCAAGUUUCCUAACAUUGCCUUAUACUGUUUCUCUCUUCCUG